GCGUGUAGCGGGAAACAGCUGAUGUCGCGUCGUCUGUCAAGGAGGAAGACGUCUGCCUGAAUUUCCUUCAUUUUUUCUCUCUUUUUUACACAAAAUGGGGAGGAUUCCUGGGAUGAUUUGCCUCUUUGAUGUGGAUGGAACUCUGACGGCUUCGAGAAAGCUGAUCCUCAAGGAGAUGUCGGAGUUCAUGGAGAAGGUUCGAGGUAAAGUGACGUGUGGCCUGGUGGGGGGGUCAGACCUGAAGAAGAUUGCCGAGCAGAUGGGAGGCAUGGAAGAGGUCAUGAAGUACGACUACGUCUUUGCGGAGAAUGGCUUAGUUGCCUUUAAAGGAGGAGAGGAAAUUGGCCGCGAGUCGAUCCAGAACCACAUGGGUGAAGAGAAGCUCCAGGAAUUCAUCAACUUUUCCCUGCGCUACAUGUCAGGCCUCAAGCUGCCAGUCAAGCGAGGAACUUUCAUUGAGUUCCGCAACGGCCUGAUCAACGUGUGCCCAGUUGGCCGCAGCUGCUCACAGGCCGAGAGGGACCAGUUUGGGGAAUACGAUAAGGAGCACAACAUACGGAAGCAGUUUGUUCAGGCUUUGGAAAAGGAAUUUCCGAACUUGGGCCUUGUGUACUCUAUAGGUGGACAAAUCAGCUUUGAUGCAUUUCCCACAGGAUGGGAUAAGACAUACUGCUUGAGAUACCUAGAGAAAGAUUAUAAAGAUAUUCACUUCUUCGGUGACAAGACAGACAAGGGUGGAAAUGACCACGAGAUCUAUGAGGACCCCAGGACCGUAGGCCACAAAGUCACCUCCCCCGACGACACGAGAGAACAACUCACGCAGCUGUUGAAGCUCUGAGGAGAGGGGAGGUUUAUGUUGUGAGGUGCGAGAGUUCAGAUGACAGUAUUACCUUAUAUUGCUGGUUGUGAAGAGAGGCCUUGUUCCUAAUUUGCGUCACUUUUGUGUUUCAUUCCAAAAUUCUUAUCUGUGCUGUAUGAAUUGCUCUUGUAUCGUCAUAGAAUUUGAUUGUACUGAAUGUGAGGAAUUUAUCUUACAUCAACAUUUUACACAUUGAAUGUACAGUUGUGUACGUAUAAUGCAGCUUGAUCAUUCGCAGAGAAUGGAUCAUUUCAUUCCGCAGAGAUUAGAGUAAUUGAUUUUAUUUCUAUCAGGCAUGCAGGUGCUUUUCAGCGGUCUUGAGACAGCUAUUACAUUAUUGAAUUAAUGAAGAGCUACUUUAAAUUAAGAACUGUGAUGGGUUGUUAUUGUAAGUUAUCAUUACAAUAUACUCAUUGGACUUUCCAGCAAAAUCAGGCCUCAGCUAAUAUUCGCCUUGGUUGUUGACAUUUUAGAGAUUUUGAGUGAGUUUAGAUAGGUUUGUCAGACAUCAGUAAUUUUGCAGAUUUGCUCAUAAACAUAUUGUGGCACUUGAAUAUCAGUUAUUUAUAAGUAAUUUUAUAAUAUUGUUAUACAGUGGUACUAUACAAUAAAGUUCAUAUUUAAU